ACUAUCAACCUCCAUCUCUAAUGGGUCUCGGUGGACGCAGAGAAAAGCAAAAGCUCCGUGAAGAUCCAAGGAAUCGUCAAUGGGCAGAUGAUACUAACAAAUUUGGCUUCAAAAUGCUAGCAAGUCAAGGUUGGAAUCCUGAAGUUGGUUUAGGUGCUGCCAAACAAGGGAAUGUCAACAAUAUAAAGUCAUCUUAUAAGUUUGAUACUAUGGGUAUAGGCGCAGAUUUAAAGAAAAAGGAUGAUUGGAGUGGUGGUUUAGAAUUUGGUAACAUUUUGGCCAAGUUGAACAAGAAGAAUACGCCUGCAGCUACGCCUGCAAGUGCUAGUCCAUCACCUGCACCUUCUGCUAGUUCGACAUCUAAAAAUGUGUAAGUUUACUCAUCCUUUUCUGCAUUUCUCAUGUCUUCUCAGCUCGAGAACAAAAUAUCGCAACGCCAAAUCUCAAUUGAACAACGAUGCGAUGAGAGAAAUUCUCGGUGUAGAUGCUACUGGAUCAGUUCCGUCUACUGCUGAUCCCUCCCGAGAGGGUACACCUACGGAAAUCCCAACGAUGAAGAACAAAAGCAAUUUAUCUAUACAAGAAUACUUCAGAGUUAAGCUUUUACUCAAAUAUCAGCAAGCACAGAAUGCUCCUGCUGCUACUCCAAUUAUUAAUAUACCUCCUCCAGUUGAAACUCCACUUGAGACACCUGAAAGUAGUAGAGACAGUACCCCCUCACUCAAAAGAAAACGUUCAAAAUCGAAAACGAAAUCAUCCAGCAAACAAAGCGCUUGGAAAGAUUUACUAUAAUUAUAUUUAUUAAAAGAAUAGUUUAGAAUUAG